UUAUUGAUGUUCAAGCCCCUAUUUGGCUAUUUCCAUUCUCCGAUUCCAAUUCCCACUCGCCAAUGGUUUGCUGAAGUGAACCUCUCCUUCACUUCCUUUUCCUCGAAUUAUAAGCUAUCACUCUUAUCUCCCCUUCUCUCUUACUGAUUUCUGACCAAGGACAAAUCACAAAUAUCAAAUACUAAUUACUUCAAAGAUUGUAAGAUGAUAUCAAGCUAGCAUGCUGCUAAUUUUCUGGAUAUAGUAUGCUAUAAAACCUGUUUGUUUUAAGUUCAUUCAUCAAUUUCAUUAUGCUGAUAAUCUUCACGAUGAUUUAGAACCUUUCUGUAGUAUGUAGUUGUAUCUAGUUCUUUACUGGAUUUCUUCUAUACAAAUUACUGUCUCUGUAAUACAUGAGAAGAUAUACCUUAUUUUGUCCAAGGAUUUUUUAUUGUAUCAACUUCAAAGGCCUUGUUUCUGUAAUAAAAAGUCAUGAUCAAUCUUGGAUUUCCUUGGGAGCUCAAGCUGAGUGUCUGUCCACUGAGUGUAAAGCAGAAAGACCUUUUGAUGCAUCUCAAAUACCCAACUACUAUUCUAAAUAUCGGGUUUUCGAGACAAGCGAACAAGCAGUGGAGCUUGUUCGACAAGGUUGUCGAAAACCCAAUCCACUUUUCUAUAAUAGAUGGUUGCAGAAAUGUGGGGAGUUGGGUGACCUUAGAGAAGGAAGUAUUGCUCAUACCCAUGUCCUUAGAUCUGAGUUUAAGGAUGAUAUUAGUAUCAACAAUAAUAUCUUUAACAUGUAUGUUAAGUGUGGCAAUUUAAGUGAGGCUUGGAGAUGUUUUGAGGAGAUGCCUUUUAAAGAAACCAACAAUUGGACUUGUAUGAUUAUUGCUUUUACACAAAAUGGUAGGCCCGAGGGUGGUCUUUCUUUGUUACCGAAGAUGAUACGUCUUGGCUUGAAACCAAGCAAAUUCACCUUCUCUAGCCUCCUCAAGGCCUCUUGUAUAAUCUCUAGUUUUAAGCAUGGUAUGCUUUUGCACACCCUUUGCAUCAAAUAUGGUAGUGAUUCUAAUGUCUAUGUUGGAACUUCUCUUUUGUAUAUGUAUGCGAAGAGUGGAUUUUUAGAUGAAGCGCAGUCGAUAUUUGAUGGGUUAAUGAGUAAAAAUGAGGUUUCUUGGAAUGCCCUAAUUGUCGGCCGUACUAGAAAGGGUGAAGGAGAGAAAGCUAUUGGUUUGUUCCAAAGAAUGAAAAGAGAGAACUUUGAGCCUAAUUGUUUUACAUAUUCCAGCUUGCUCAAUGCAUGUGCUGGUAUAGGAGUUCUGGAGCAAGGAAAAUGGAUACAUGCUCAUAUAUUAAAAUCCGGGGAGAAGCCUUUUGAUUUUGUUGGAAACACUCUUCUACAUAUGUAUGCGAAGUGUGGGAGCAUUGAGGAUGCUGAAAAGGUAUUUACUAGAUUGAGGGAUAGAGAUGUUGUUUCAUGGAAUUCGAUGCUAAAUGGAUAUGCCCAACACGGGUUAGGACACAAAUCAUUGGAGCAGUUCGAAAACAUGUUAAAAACCGGUAUACAACCCAAUGCAAUAACUUUUCUUUGCUUGCUUGCUUCUUGUAGCCAUGCUGGGCUUGUAGAACAAGGACAAUAUUACUUUGAGAUGAUGGAGGAAUAUGGCUUAGAGCCUAAAAUAGAGCAUUAUGUGACAAUGGUUGAUUUAUUGGGUCGAGCGGGUAAACUUGAUCAAGCUCUAGGGUUUAUUAGGAAUAUGCCCAUUGAACCUACUGCAGAGAUGUGGAAAUGUUUUCUGGGUGCAUGUAGGAUGCAUAGAAACCUGGAUUUAGGUGUUUACGCAGCUGAACGGGUUUUUGAACUAAACCCUUAUGAUUCAGGCCCUUAUGUGAUACUAGCCAAUAUGUAUGCUUGGGCGGGUAGAAGAAAUGAUGUUGCUAGGGUGCGACAAAUGAUGAAGAGGACUCGGGCGAGAAAAGAACCUGCUUGUAGCUGGGUGGAGGUCGAAAAUGUAGUCCAUGUGUUUGUCGCCGAUGAUGAUACUCAUCCUCAGAGCAAACAGAUCUAUGAUAUGUGGGAAAGUAUUUGUACAAAAAUAAAAAAAAUUGGACAUGUACCUGACCCUAGUCAGGUUCUGUUGUUUGUUGAGGAUCAUGAGAAGGAAGUAAAACUGCAGCAUCACAGCGAAAAGCUAGCGUUGGCCUUUGCGUGUUUGAACACACCACCUUAUACCACUGUCCGAAUCAAAAAGAACAUUCGAGUAUGUAGUGAUUGUCAUUCGGCAUUUAAGUUUGCAUCACUAGUAAUCGAUAGAGAAAUUAUAUUGAGGGAUACGAGUCGUUUCCACCAUUUUCGAAAUGGUUCUUGCUCUUGUGGGGAUUACUGGUAACACUGAAUAUCCCAAAUUGUUCUGAAUACAUGAUAUUGGAGUAACAGGAGUUAUGUACUCACAAAGAUGAGAUAAUGGUGGGUAAAAAGCAUAAGGCUAAAUUUGUAGCUUGAAGAUAGCCCAAUUGUUUUCAAUUGAUGCCACACAAAGCGUCUAUACAUAUGAAGAACAUUCUCGAUUCCUCAUUGAUCACCCGAGGAUUUGCACAAUUACCAUUCGAAGCUGUAAUCUCGGAUAGCCCAUUUUGCUAGGUAGACUUUGUGGUGGUAUUUUGGAACGAGAUAUAUCAUUUUUUGAUAUCGUGUUAAGGCUAGAGAGUUCCCUAUAAGGCUGGAAGGAGAAUCAAUUUAUCAUGUAUGUGUAUGUGGUGAGAAUCGAACCUCUCUUCAAUGAUGGAAAGAAUUGCUUCAAGUUCAAAACCAGGUCAAUCCAUGAUUCUCGGAAAGAAAGGGUUUUUCAUGACGGUGUUUAUUUGAGGGUGAUUUUGUGUGGUUCCCUCGUGAAAUGAAGUGAUAUGCCAAUAAGUGCACGCGAAGGUAAUACAACAAUAAUGUCAGAGUCUUAGUUUCAAAAGAUUGGGGGUCGGCUACAUGAACCAAUGCUCCAAAUCUUCUAACAAUGCUCCAACAGCAGUCUUGAAAAUUUUGGGCCCCGUACAAAACUUACAUUGUGCCUUAGUUAUAGUAAAUAUAUUUAUUUUAUUAAUAAACUUAGCAUUUUUUUUUAUUAACUUUUUCAUAUACAGGAGAAAGAGGGAGCCCUGUGCGGUCGAUCACCUCGGACACCAACCCCAAAUAUAGAAGUUCUUGAUACAAAGCUGGAAUUACGAAUAUUUGGUACUUAAGAACUGUUUGUGUAAUACGUAUUUAUGAUCAACAUCUACAUGCAUUAGUCAAUAGUUUUGUUGUUUCUGUUGUUUCAGGAUAUCCUUUCAGCCCGAGCAUUCUGCAUACUUUUAUUUGUUUAUGGCAUAAAAUGAACACAUAAAUGUGUUAGUUGCAGCUUUGAAGAAGCUUGUUUAGGGUGGGUCGAACACUCACUCUGCGUUGAAGCAACUCGAUUAUCAUUCUUUUGUGUGUUGGAGCUACUCCAUAUUAGAAGUGUUUUUAAUCUAAUGACUUGGUAUGACUUAGACUUGCCCAUAUUUGAAUUCCUCCUUGUUAUAGCUUUGAAUGUUGAAUUUCAUCGAAGAGUUUGGAAAAACAAGAAAAGGGAUAUACUUCUUCCAAUUUAUUAUACUUGCUAUAUUUUAUUUUUUAUGCGAUAUAAUGCGUUAUUAAGAUCAUUGUAUAUCUUGAUUUAUGUAAAACAAAAAAUUAUAAAAAUUAACAUUAUGAAAAUAUACGAUUAAACGAUUUAUAAACAAUACUCCCUCCGAACCAAUUUAAGUGUCUCAUUUCCUUAUUUGGCAAAGUCUUUUUAUUUGUCUCAUUUCUAUUUUUGUCAAUCUUUUUUAGCUAAAUAUCUUUAGUUCACACAAGUAAUUACGAAUAUACCCCCAUAUACCUUACUUACCCAACUGCCUUUCACUACUUACCCUUUACUACUUACCUUUUUAAUGGACCCUACGCCCUCCUUAAUAAUCGUGCCCAAGCAAAUGGGACAUCUAAAAUGGUUGGGAGGGAGUAUUACACUUGAAUAUAUUUUUCCUUACACAUUGGCCGCAAAAUGUAUUAUUGUAUACAAUAGUACUAGAGACUCAAUUCAUCUGUCAUCAUUGUAGUAUUGUUUGAUUGUUAGUUGUCACUUUCAAUGAUAAAAUUUGAUUGUGAAUUGUUUUAUGAGCUACGACCAUCAUUUAUUUGCAAAAGAAACAAAUGAAUCGAAUAAAGUUUACUCUAAUAAUUAGAGAUCUAGUUACACCAUCAAAAUCAGCCUUAAGGACUCUGAGGGUAGAAGGAAACCACAUAAAUUUUUUAUAAAUUCUCGUUUAAAAUGAUCUUAUUGUGAAAUAUUUAUAAACUGAGCUAAAUA